UAAUUGUUUCAGUGGGCUUUGCGCUCACGGGAGACCGAGUCCGUGCGUAUUUGCCGGCUUGUUCUUCGCGGGGACAUUUGUCUUCACAAAAGUAGAGCCCUUGAGCUUCGUGCGAAGACUGCGUUGUUAUUUGCGGUCGUGAGGAAUAUUUCGGCGGGACAGGUGGACGACAUUGAACACACAGUCCUGACUGGGAGUCCUCGGUCAUAGAGACUGGGGACCUGUCCGCUGCGUGUCCAUAAUAGCGCCAUAAUAACUGUCGUGAACACUUAGUGAUCCCGCCUAUUGAUCCGUUUGUCGAUUCUUAGAGAUUUGUGCUCCGUGUUCUCCCUACGACCACAAGGUGAAGAAAAGAAGCUGUCACUUUUUUUUUUUAAACGUGCAUUUUGGACCGACACCGUGUUUUUGCGCCCGCGAACCGAUUCCUCGCGCAAGGCGUGCAUGUGCGCCGCACUCCUGUCUUGUCGGCAGCCUUUUCCGUUACCGACGCUCGUCUGAGGCGGGCAGCGACUGGCAGACUGUCACAACGAGCACCGACACCCCCGGGGUCUUUUUCGGGGGUCCAACCGGCCGUUGGAAAACUGACUAAGACGCCAGGCAAGAGGAGUGGGAAACAAACCAACAGAGAGAGGUUUGGUGAGAUAGAAGAAGAUAUAAGCCAACGGGAAGAAAGAAAAAUAAAAAAAGGAAAGAGGAGUGACUGACACCUGCCCUCCAGCUCAGUGUGAAGGGCACGGAGUGAGAGAGUGAGGGGCGGGGUAUGAAAAGAGGUAAAACAGAGGAGAGAAUGAAGACAACCGGAAAACAAGGCCUGCCUCUCAGCAAACCUCGCUCAAAUUAGGACAUCUCGCCCCAAGACAAGAUGAUUACAAGAAAUCUGCUCCUGUUGGUUUCCCUGUGCCUGUGGGAGGAGCUUCCAGAAUCUGCCUCAGCGAGUAAGAUCGUACGGAGGAGAGGGGUGGGCGGAUCGCACACGCUGAAACUAGGGGAUAGCAGAGCUGUGGACCAAUGGGACGCAAGCGUUGACGGCAACGCUAUGACUUUGGUGACUCUUAGGAACCCGAUGAGUCACGAGCAGGCCGCCGACCCCGCCGCCUUUUCUUAUUCCAAAAUAUUGCAGAGUCAUGCCGCUCCGUCGGUGGCUAACAAGGAGAGGCAAGCUUUCAAGCCCAAGCGUGAGGUUGACUCAGUCAACAGAAAAGAUGUGACUUUGCACAUUUUAGACAAUACCAAGGAGCUAAACCAGGAUGUGAAGAAAGUCAAAAACAGCACCAAGAACCCUGAGACCUCCACCAGAACAGGAAGGCUGGAGAAGACAUUCACAAUCCGCCAUAAACCAGAUCUACAUACCAAUAAAACCAGGUUCAAAUCAGGCCUGAGAUCCAGGACCAGACCCGAUUUGAGUGUCCACACCACAGGUGUGCCGGGAAAAGGCUUCAGCAUUGAUACAAACCGAAAGCUUAACCUCACAGGCAGCUACGGGGUUCUCAAGCUGCUGUCGAAAGACAACCUAGUUAGGAUCGUCAAUUCUCAAAUGCAGAGCGCUCCCAGCCUGAGCUUUCCAAGCAAGGGCAGCCGGAGCAGGAAGAGAGAUUUGAUUGACGUUAAUCACGGACAGUUAGAGGCUCAGAGAGUGCCGAGACAAGAUAUAGCUGUCACUCAGCCUCACGCUGGAUUGGAUAAUCAGACAGCAUUUCCUUAUUUAAGCCCAGUCACCACCCCGGAUCUUAAUAGAGACCAGGGAGCCGACAAUCGUAUUAAUCCACUUAGUGAAGUGCACCCAGCUUUAAGUACUGGGCAGAGCAACUUGGGGAAGCAGAGAUCAGACGGAGGAGAUAGCAAGAACAAACACCUCGUCCGCUUACUGUCAACACCUCGCAGCGAGGUUAGUCUCAGCCCCGAGAAAGUGGCAAUAAUCACCCAAACGGAACCACCAUUUCCAUCAGCGAGACUUCUCCCGCUGCGCGUUCCCUCCGAAACGGAUGAUUCUCCGCCGCCUGCGCUGACAGCGCAUCCCCCGGGAGUUCGACCGGGGAGCAGAGCCGCAGAUCUCCAUAGAGACCCAUUAACAGAGUCAGCUCACUCUGCUCAAACAGAACUCAGCACAGCUCAGCACCCCGCAGAUGAAGACAACCAGCCUGUCAACAGCAGUCACGUCCUGAGGCUCCGCCCCGCUCCCGAGUGGAGCCGCGACGGCAAAGACGCCGGGAGGCAAGUUUCUGCCGAUCCGAAAGACGAAAAGGGCCUCGUGUUUGAGGAGGCCGACUCGGAGGCGGAGGAGGCGCCCGACCACGCGGAAGGGACCAGGCCGCGCUCUCGCAGCAGGAGGAGCUGGAUCUGGAACCAGUUCUUUGUGAUCGAAGAGUACGCCGGGCCUGAACCGGUGCUCAUCGGACGGCUGCACACCGACAUGGACCGGAACGAUGGACGCACUAAAUACGUCCUGCGAGGAGAGGGGGCCGGCUCGGUUUUCGUGAUAGACGAGAAGACCGGUAACAUACACGUCACCAAGCCACUGGACCGGGAGGAGAAGGACGAGUACCGUCUCAUCGCCACGGCCACCAACCGGCAGACGGACCGCGCCCUGGAGCCCUCCUCGCAGUUCUUAAUCCGGGUGCAAGACAUCAACGACAACCCGCCUAUCUUUGACGAAGGCCCCUACAGUGCCAUCGUGCCUGAGAUGGCAAAUAUAGGCACGUCUAUAAUCCAGGUGACAGCGACAGAUGCUGAUGACCCGACUUAUGGCAACAGCGCCAAGCUAGUGUACACACUGGUGCAGGGCCAGCAGUACUUCUCCGUCGAUCCCCAGACAGGCAUUCUGCGCACGGCCGUACCCGACAUGGACAGGGAGACCCAGGACCAGUACCUGGUCCUGCUUCAGGCCAAGGAUAUGGGGGGCCACCUGGGCGGACUGUCCGGCACCACCACCGUCACCGUGAGGCUCAGCGACGUCAACGACAACCCGCCGCGCUUCACCCAAAGUAUGUGGUCCUUCUCCGUGUCGGAGCUGGCCAUCCCUGGGGCCGAGAUAGGGCGCAUCUCGGCGGCUGACGCCGACCUGGGCGAGAACGCCAAGCUGGACUUCACCAUCCUGGAGGGGGAGACCGGCGAGACGUUCAACAUCACGGGAGUGAACCAAGAGGCGGUCAUCACGCUCAACAAGGCGGUCGACUAUGAGAGCCGUAGCUCCUACUCCUUCUCUGUGGAGGUCCUCAACCCCAUAGUAGAUCCUCGCUUCCUGCGCAGAGGCCCCUUCAAGGACCGGGCCUCCAUCCGAGUAGCAGUGCUGGAUGCAGACGAGCCACCGAGGUUCUCCCGAGCACGAUACCACAUGGACGUGUCUGAAAACUGCCCGCCGGCCUGCACUGUGGGCCGGGUCAGUGCCGUCGACCCCGAUACUGGUCUCACCAAUAACAUCAGGUUCUCCAUUGAUCCGCAGUCGGACCCAGAGGCUCUGUUCCGUAUCACCCCAGACACCGGCCUCAUCACCACGGCUAUGGAGCUGGACCGGGAACGCGACCACUGGCACAACAUUACUGUCAUCGCCACGCAGAGAGACAAUCCCAGCCAGGUGUCCAGAGUUCUGGUUGCGAUAGAGACGUUAGACCUGAAUGACAACGCACCGGAGCUGGACCGCCAGUACACAACGGCCAUGUGUGACUCAUCGUCCAUCGGGCAGGUGGUGCAGGUGUUGCGGGCGAUUGAUAGAGAUGAGGGAGGGAAUGACAGCACUGUGUAUUUCAGCAUCCCUCCGGAGUCCGGCGCCGCCCUCAACUUCAGCGUCAGGGAUAGCGGUGGCCCCACAGCGAGCCUGGUGCUGCUCUCCCAGCUCCAGCCGCUGUCCCGCUCCACCGCCUCCACCCUGACGCUCCACGUGCCGCUGGUGCUGAGGGACGGGAUGUCGGGCCUCACCAACACCGGGACGGUCACCGUGUCCGUGUGUCCCUGCCUGAGAGGGGGGGCCCGCGCCGGGGAGAAGGGGAAGGACAAAGAGACGGAGGGCGAGUGGGACUGGGAAAGAGAGGCGGUGUGUCUCCCCCAACAGUCUUCCCUGCCCUCCCCCGGGCUCAGCACCGCCGCCCUGCUGGCCAUCCUGGCUUGUGUGGCCACUCUACUGGCGGUGAGCGCCCUCUCGUUGUCCCUGCGCCGGCAGAAACGCGACUCCCUGUCACCGCUGGAGGAGGACGACGUGCGCGAGAACAUCAUAACGUAUGACGACGAGGGCGGGGGCGAGGCCGACACGGCCGCCUUCGACAUUGCCGCGCUCCAGAGCGCGCCGCACAGCUCCCGCUCACGUGGCUAUCGCACGCUGGACAGCAGGAACGUACGCUACGCCCAUCAAAGCCAAGAAAAAGCUCGCACCUACAGCUGGGCCCAGAAUCCGGGCGUGGAGCACAACUACUCCGGACCAGCGGCGCCUCUCUAUGGCCGCAUCUGUUACAGCAGCCACACGCUGCCGGUCCUCCGACGCACACCGGCCGGAGCGUUCGAGCCGGGCCUCGCAGAGCUGGGAUACCGCUUUCCCGGGGGCCCGCCUGACCACUCCCUGGUCAUCCAGAACCAGGGGGCCGUGGUGGGGCCGAUGGAGUCCGGGGCGAUAUACAUAGCUGCCACUGACCUCAGCACGGGGAGCCGGAAUGGAAGCCGGGACGGGACCGCUCCCCAGAGCGGGGUAAGCACGUCGGACGGCGGCACCCCGAGGACCAACGACAGUCAGGAGCGGGGGGGAGGGACGGGAACAGCGAGCAACUGCACUGAGGGGAGCACCGAGGACAAAGCCAACCACAGCCAAGAUGGCGACUGGGUGCAGUCGGAGACGCUGCCCAGGGAGCAUCACCUCGUCAUGACCCGAUCCGGCUCCAUGAUGGGCCAGUGUCACGCCGCAGGAGGAUGGGUGUGCGACUCGGCUACCCUUCCCAUGGCGGGACGCGGGGCCUCCCGCGGGGGCCUGUCCCCGAAAGGCACGGGCUCCCGUCAGGCCGAAUCCGACUCCGGCUGCGGCGGAGGAGUGGGGGGAGGGGGCGGUGGUGGCGGUGCCUCCACGGAUGGACAACAGCAACUCGCUAACGGGCGCAACUACGCCACCGUCCUGCAGGGGGAGGUGUCCGGACACAGGGACUAUCCCGGUAGCUUGGGGAGAGGAGGACUGGAGAUGGGGAGCAACUUUGUGGUGGCGAGGCCAGACCGGGAGGGCGGAGGGAUAUCGUCUGUCUACCCAGAAGCGGCCGGCUUCAUUGGGGACUGGCGUGAUCGUAUGGGUCUCGGCGGGUAUGUGUUGGGCAGGAGGGAUAUGACCCCCCAGCUCUUUCCCUUUCCGGGGCAGCCUCGUGCAGCGUACGGCGGGGUGAUGGGCUUCGGAGGAGGCUGGGUCCCUGGAAUGGAGGCCGCGAGAGGAGCCCCGGGGCCCGGCGGUCCCUCCUUGGCACUCAGGGUGGGAGAGUUCCUGCGACUGCGUCUCGCCCAGGUCACUUUCGACCCGUCGCAGCCGCCGUACGACUCGGUGCAGGUGUACGGCCUGGAGGGCACCGGGUCCAGGGCCGGAUCCCUCAGCUCCCUCGACAGCGAAGGAGAGAAGGAUGCGGAGAAGGAGGAGUGGGGGGCGGGGCUGGAGGAGUGGGGACCCCAGUUCUACAAAUUAGCCCAACUCUUCCAAGACAGGGAGAAGGAAAGGGAAGAGAAGGAAAAGGAUGAUGUUGGUACAAAAAAGGAGAAGGAAAGAAAAGACAAACCGGGGAAGAGUGAGAAAAAAGAGGGACGGGAGCCGGUCGGGGACGAGGAGAAAGACUGAGGGAUGAAAAAAAACACAACAAAUAGGGGCAAAGGGGGUGAGGGAGAAUCAGAGGAUGAUGAAAAGGCAACCAGACCCAGAGUAAUGGGAAGAGAAGUUAAAGGAGAGAAAGAUGAAGAGGAGAAGUAAUAAAAAGAGACAGAGAAAAAUGAGCCAAGGGAGGGUGGAGAGUGCGAGGGCAGGGAGGGAGUGAUUGAUGUAAUUUAAAGCAAUAAGUGUUGAAACGCUGAUAUGGUUGAGCACAGAUACGAAGACAAUGCGGAGGCUGCUUCUGCUCUGGGCAGCAACAAUUUGUUAAACACUUUGGACAAAGAAAAACAACCCAAACACCCAAGACUCGAUUUAAUUCAACUCACAACGUAUAUCCGAAAUGAGAAACAGCAGGAAACAAGAAGAUGGACGUUUUCUCGUCGCCUGUCUGUCUGUGCGUGUGUGUGUGUGUGUGUUUUAGUCUGCUUCUCACGUUGUUGUGUCCGUUAGCGAGCAAAGGAAUAUGGAUGGGUGAAAGAGUAGUUUGUACGUGUGAGUGUAUAUUUAUUGAAGAGAGGGACAAAAUUGGCGGGGAGAAAAAUGAUAAUCCCCAGAGACAAUUUAAAGAUGAGAACGACAAUGAGACGGAUGUAUAGAGAGAGAAACGGUCAUGGGGGGGGGGGGUUGUACAGAAACUAUUACUUUUCAUUCCAUCUGCAGUGGCAGAAAAGUGAAUAAUUCACUUCACUCCAAAUGAAAAUGAUGAAUCAUUUAAAUCUCGCAAUAGAUUCCCCCACCGCUCAGCCCACAAGGAAAACAGACAUUGUUAAAUAUUUAAGUGGUUUAGGGAUGUGAUCCCCCCCCCCACCCCCUCCCCUCCCCCAGCCCUCUUAGUCCCCUCAAGCUUCUUGUAGUUGAGUGUUGGUAUGUUUACAAAGGUUCACACACACACACACACACAGAAGAACUGACGAGCACCAUAAGGCUUUGAUUGUACUACAGUGAAUUAUAAAAGCAAAACCAUCCACGAGUGUUCCAUCCGCUCCGUGGAGCGACAAUGACUCUAUUACUCAUCUCCUAAAUGUUUUUAUGGAAGAAGUCUCCUAUUUUUUAGGCCUAACCCCACUUUGGUCCGAAAUUGUCACGUCUUGAGGACAGAGUAUGCAUGAUUGUAUGUAUGAACCUGACAGGUCAAUCAAUUCCGUUUUGACAACUCGUUCCCCCCCAAAUGAAAAGGUCGGCAGCUCGGUGAAGUUAAAGGGGAACAGCAAAAGGAUGUUAAACGUCAGGAUGCCAACGAGCUGGAGUCUUUUUUUUUUUUUUACCGUGUGAUGUUCAAUAAUAGAUAACAAAUCCCGUCAAAGUUAUUUUAUAAGAUGUCAAUGAAACAAAAAAAAGAUACAAUGUUUGACUGUACGUAAAAGCAUUCCAAAUGUAAAUACCACUGAAUAUUAUUGCUAAAAGAGAGUAUAUAAAAUGAAUAAUGAGUAAUAAAAAAAAAAGAAUCUAAAAAAAAUCUAGAACAGAA